AUGGGUUUGGAUGACGAACAUCCCCUGGCAGGUGAACAGGCAAUGAGCAGUCGCCCCCUCCGCUCUUCCCCCAGGCAGCAGCAGCAUAGUGUCAUGGGAUGGGACACAUUUGAUGCGUUGCACAGGGCAAUGGGCAUUCACGUCCCCCAGGGCACAGCACAGGGCGUGCUAUGCUGGAGUGGUGCAACCUCUGCUGCCAUGUUGGAGGUACUUUUGAGAAUUUUCAAAAGCGGCAUAGUGGCGUUGGGCAAGUUUGACGCGCUGCAUGUGGGGCACAGGGCGCUCGCCGUGCAGGCAGCAGCCAUGGGCGGCACAUGCGUGUGCAUGCUGUCGUUUGCUGGCAUGGCCCAGGUGCUGGGCUGGGAGAAGAGCCGUACUGCCAGCUGCAGCCCACCCUUCUGCAUGCUCGCAUGUCUGCUCCUUGUCACCCACCCUGUCCCCAGCAAGCACCAUUACCCUCGUCCUUCCUCCCCUCCCCUCUCUCUCAGGCUCCCCCUGGUGGCCCCCUGUGAUCGCAAGAGGGCGCUGCAGCUCUGGCAGCCAUACUGCCACGGCCAGCCCAUCUGUUUGCCUGCACGCCUGCUCCCUGUCACCCUUUCCCCUGCACCAUUACUCUCCCUCCCGCCCACCCCUCGGGCUCCCCCUGGUGGCGCCCUGCUCCCCCUGGUGGCGCCCUGUGAUCGCAAGAGGGUGUUGCAGCUCUGGCAGCCAUACUGCCACGGCCAGCCCAUCUGUAUGCCUGCAUGUCUGCUCCUUGUCAACCUGUCCCUCCCCUCCCACAUCAGGCUCCCCCUGGUGGCGCCGUGUGAUCGCAAGAGGGCGCCGCAGCUGUGGCAGCCGUUCUGCAAGGGCCAGCCCAUCUGCGUGCCUGCAUGCCUGCUCCCUAGGGUGCUGCAGCUGUGGCAGCCGUUCUGCGAGGGCCAGCCCAUCUGCGAGUUCUUUCUGGACUUUGCGCGCAUUCGCUCGCUCUCCCCGGAGGACUUCAUUGUGCUGCUGGCGGAGCAGCUAAGAGUGAAAGGGAUCGUUGCAGGGUCGAACUACCGGUUUGGGUUCAGAGCAGCAGGCACCGCGAGCGAUCUGGUGGCGCUGGGGGCGAAGCACGGGCUGCAUGUGAUGAUCGUGGAUACAGUCACAGACGCCCAUGCCCACAUGCACACUGAUGUGCUUGCUGAUUCCGAUGUCCCUGCCCCUGCUGCUGCUGGUUCUGCUGCCGGUGCCGCUGCUGCCGGUGCUGCCGGUGCUGCUAGUGCUGUGGCUGGUGACAGUGCAACCGCAGCAACAGCAGCAGCAUCAGAAGCAGAGGAGGAGGAGACGCACGUGUCGAGCACGCGGGUGCGGCAGCAGCUGUGCGAGGGCAACGUGGAGGCCGUGGCAGUGCUCAUAGCGCGGCGUCACCGCGUGCUCGUAUCGCUCUCCGCCUCCUCCCUCUCCUUCUCCUCAUGCGGCAGCAGGAGCAGCGGCGGCAGUAAAAGCAGUGGUGGUGGUUGGCAGAUGACAGUGGAACGGCAGGACUUGCUAAACCUAGCACCGGGGGAGGGCAGGUACAAAUGCAGGGUGCUGGCACAUGAUGAUGACGAGGAGGGGGAGGAUGGAUGCCGGCACAGGGAGGUGCUGGUUGGGGAGGGGGAGGUGGAGGUGGGGGAGGUGCAUCUGAGGGUGACGGUGCAGCGUGCUGUGCUGCCAGUGGGACAGCUGCACAGAUGGACCUGCCUCAUGCUCGAGAUCUGA